UAGUAGCUUACUCACUGGUCAAUGUGGCAGAGCAGCCUCUUCUUGCUAGCAAGCUAACUGCUAUGGUUUGGUGAACACGUGAGACUGCAGAGUGGUGAAACCCUUCCAUCGAAGCCAAGGAUUUUUUCUGUCAUCUCAGGCCACAGUCCUGACACAUUGAGAGUUUUUCCACGUCAAGAGAACGAGUUGCUAUUUACUCACAGAAAAUGGCGGAUGUCGCAACAAAUGCUCCUCCGGAGAAGAGUCUGGAUGACUUCUUUGCCAAGCGGGAUAAAAAGAAGAAGAAAGAAAAAGGCAAAGGAAAGGAGUCGGGAGCUGGGCCAGCACCGGCGGCGGCCUCUGUGAAAGCCAAGCCCAAAAAGGAAAAAGAGAAGUCUACAAAAAAUGAAAACCCAGACGCCCAAAUAGAGAAGGAGGAUGAGGAGUGGAAGGAGUUUGAGCAGAAGGAAGUGGACUACAGUGGCCUCAGGCUGCAGGCCCUCCAGGUCAGCGAUGAGAAGGAGGAGGAAGAAGGGUAUGAGAAGGAGGAGGUGGGGGAGGACGGGGAGAUCAUCCUGGUUAGCGGAGACAAGGUGUCUGGGCCCUGGAACAAGUCUGGCGCCCCCCCUCCAGCAGCUGCCGCUCCCGUUGUUGAAGAGCCCGAGGUGGUGGAGUCGAAGCCCGCGGGCGUGUACCGUCCCCCUGGGGCCCGCCUGACGACCACCACCAAGAGGGGCCCCGCCGCUGGGCCCCCCGAGAUCUUCAGCGACACCCAGUUCCCCUCACUGCAGUCCUCCGCCAAACACGUGGAGACUCGCAAGGACCGAGAGACGGAGAGGACCUUCGAGGUGGUGAAGCACAAGACCCGUACCCGGGAGGAGGGAGGCGGGGCUUCCCUGCAGCAGCUGCAGCUAGACAACCAGUACGCCAUCCUGGGGGACAAGUAACCGCCACACGCACUCCGCCCCCACCCGCCGCCACCUCCAGGCCUCCUCCUCCUCCUCCGCUGCCCCGGACCACCCACCCACUUCCCCCCCCUCUUCCGACCCCAACCAUCUGUGGUCCAGUGGUCCAGGCCAAGCCCAGGAGAAGCACUAAUAUGGCUGAGUGUGUAUGUGUGUGUUUGUGUGUGAGCGAGUGUGUUUGUGUGUGGCUGGGCGGAUGGGUGGGAGUUUGUGCGUUUGUAUCUGUUGCUGCCCCAUACCCAUCCUUGAAGUCACAAAGGUGCCACCAACCAACUAGACUGGACUUUCUUUACCACACACACAAACACACACACACACACACACACACACACACACACACACACACACACACACACUUGUGCGGAUAUCUACAUGUAAAGUGUAUUUGUAUUCAUAAAAGCCCUAGUACAUGAGCAGCACACACAUAAACACAUGCGUACAGUAGUGGUUUCAUGGACCCAAACACUCCCAUACACCACAAAUCAAUGCCACCAAGUGGUCGGUGGAAAAGCCCCAAGUCUUUAUCAACUACAGUGACAAGGGCUGUGACACCAGGGGUUGACUGACUGAAACUUUCCAAGAAACAAACGAGAAAAGAAAAAAAACUGAAAAAAAAGGAAAAAAAAAAAGAAUAUGAAAUGGCGCACUCACACACACUUCUGUGAAUGACACCUGUGACUGUAAAAGAUGAGUGACAGCUUGUUGGGACAAAUCACAAUCCUGACUCUGCCUCUCAGCUGCUUUGUUAGGUGCCCAAUGAACUUCAGUGAAGAACAAACUCUUGAGAAACUUGAGGGGGGAAAAAAAAACACAAAAACAUGCGCAGUGCUAGCUCGACCGAGGAUGACUGUGUGAUUUAGAGCUGUUGGAUUGGGAGGAAGUCCUGUUGGAAAGAAAAAAAGAAGUUAUCUCACUCACCCAUUUUGUUUGAUGUCUGUUUCAUAAAUCUAUUUCUGGACCUUAACCCUCAAUGGAUUUAUUUUUUUCUUCUUUUUUGAGUGUGUUUUGGGGCUUUUGCUAAAUGGGAGGUGGUGGGGGUUGGGGUGGAGAGAGACUACCUCAGUUGUAAUACCUGUGGUUACCGUGUGGACCUGGCCUAAUGAGUUAUUGGGGUUUUUUGUUUCGUUUUUUUGAGGGGAGCGUUAAUGAGUUGAGUAGAGUUGAAAAUGAAGUUUGGUGUUGAUGUCGGUGGAGGCUGGUGGAGGUGGAGGUGGAGGCUCCCAUCUCCCCACCACCACACCUCCACCCUUCCUGACCAGACCGGAUGCAAAAGGACCACCUGCCACUAUAUCACAAAGGGCAGGGGGGGUGAGCUUUUGUAUCGCCUCUCUCCUUGGCUCACUGUCUUCACGCGGAGAGAAAGCGAGUAGUAACAACUCCUUUUGAAAGUGGCCUUACUGUGUACGAAACAGCAGAACGAGGGAGACGUGGGGGAGGAGAAGAGAAAAAAAUAAACAAGGACGAAAGAAGGACAUAAAAAAGCUCAAGAAAGAGUAAUGGAGACAUAAUAAAAAAAGAAAUGUCAAUGUCAGCAUCCUCAGCAAGGACAUUGUCUGCGCCGGCCGCCAUGUUGUCUGCACCGGGUGAAGGCCAUAUUGUCACCACAGGACUCCUCUGUGACUGGAGGAGCACUGAGACUCUUUGAGGCUGAACCACGAACCCUUAGCAGGAAUGUAGAGCCCAGCAGUAGCGUGCCAUCAAGAAACCCACCCCACCCAUCCUGCCACCUUACGUGGUCUCUCCUACCCCACCCAUCCUGGACUUUCCCUUACCUUGCCACCUUACAUGGUCUCCUACCCCACCCAUCCUGGACUUUCCCUUACCUUGCCACCUUACAUGGUCUCCUACCCCACCCAUCCUGGACUGUCCCCCAUCCUGCCACCUUACGUGGUCUCUCCUACCCCACCCAUCCUGGACUGUCCCCUACCUUGCCACCUUACAUGGUCUCAUACCCCACCCUACAACGUCUCCGACCCCACCCAUCCUGGACUGUCCCUUACCUUGCCACCUUACAUGGUCUCAUAGCCCCUUCAGCCUGCCUACACUGUCCCCUUCCCUCUACAUCUCCCAGCCACCUCUUCCCAUCAAGAGCCUAAGGCUUCAAAUCAUUCCCGCAAACUUUUGUCCUUUCCUCUGCCCUCCAACAUCGUUCCUUGUUGUCGAUCUGGGUGAAGUCUGUUUUAUAUUGGACAUUCGUUCAACAUUCAAAAUGCAUAUGUGAUUUGUCAUAAUCGACUUAUCUCUGGUUGACAAUGAGGUACAAGGUCAGAGGAAAGGACGUGAGUUUGGGAAGUGAUAUGCACCCUAAGUCACGCCUUGUCCGAUGGGGUCCAUGGGACCAAAGCAUUGACCGCUGAAGAAAACUGGAUCUAGCAUUUACAUGUGUUACAACACCUAUUUUGUGUACGUUUUAGAAAUGAGAUGCGUGCUAAUUCCCAUGGGCGAUUCUAAGGAGAUUGGUGACUUAAGUGACUAUUCUUUUACCAUUCUCACCCCUUUAUACCCCAGCUACACCCCACCCCCCCACCUAUCCUCCCUUAUCUUUACCCCUUCUUUCACUGGCCCCUUCCUCUCUGUUCUCCUUUUUAUUAAAAAAAAUAAAUGAAUUGAAGAUUGACAAAGAAAAAUCAUAAUUAAACCUUCGCCUUUCUUAUCCCA